AUGGGCACGUCAAAAAACGAGGCAACUCCUACUGGGGAAAGUGAAAGACACAAAGAGGGAGGGAUAUCAGUUGAGAUUGUAGAUAACAAAGGAACAAAUGAAAAGCUUGCUAAGAUAAAUGAAUGUAGUAGUACUAGUUGCAGUAGUAGCAGUAGCAGUAUAAUCAUUUUUGCAAAUAUAACAAUAUGCUUGAUGGGAAUGUCUUCUGUUCUUUUAUAUAAUUGUGUGCUAAAUACAACUCCACAUAUACAUGCAUUAUUAAAUAAGGAUAUAAUUGUUUCUUCAACUUUUUUUCUAUACUUUAGCGUAUUAGUAUUUGUAUCGUUAAUUAGUUCCUUGUUUAUAGAUGUAAAAACAAGAACUUAUGAUAUAUGCUUUGUUUUGUCGUUUAUUCUACAGCUUGCUUAUCCCUUUGUGGUAAAAUUUUAUUAUGACAAAACUUUAUUUUUUUACAUUCUUAUUGGUUUCAUUGGAGCUACUUGUUCUAUGAUGAAAACUAUGAUUUUCUCAAUUGCUUCUAUAGUUCUAAAUAGUUCAAAAGUUAUAUGUUUAUCAUAUGGAUUAACUGGUAUAUACUCACUUCUAAUUACAUCAACCUUUUUUUAUUUUAUUUUUAAAAUUAAUAAGGAUAUAAAUAAGCUGAUGUUUUCUAUAUUUGUUACCUGUAUAAUUAAUUGCAUCUUCAUACUAAUCUCCUUCAUAUGCUACACAAUAAUGAAACAGACACACUAUUUUAAAAAAAAAUUCAAAAUAUACGAAGACGAAAGAGAAGAGAAAAGAAGAACAAGUGGCUCUUUUUAUAAUGAAACGGUAUCAGAAAACAAAACCACAAAUGUUGAAGAAGAACAAAUGGUAGAUGCAUCCUAUUCUUUAAAUAUUGGAAAUAACAUGCAAGAAGAAGGUCAAGCGGGGGGUAACACAAUCGUUCCUAGCUCCUUAGGGGAAAGAAGCGGAAAAAUAGGAAAAAUGGGGAAAAAUGGCAAACUGGACGGAAGUGAAAAUGUAGAGGUAGACCGAAGGAAGGACCUAUUGGAAGAUUCGCCUUACAGCAAUAACAAUUGCAUCGAUCGUGGAUCCUCCAAAGUGAAGGAGGAACAGUUCACAUUACACCAACAGGGAAAAUUCAAAGAUGCAGCGAUAAAAAGUAUGGAGAAGGAGAAGGAGAAGGGUAAAAUGAUAUCACCGUUCGAAGUAGCGUGCACACAGAAAAACUAUUUUUUAUGUAAAUUUUUUCCAUUUAACAUGAGUCGAGAAAACAUUAUGAAGCAAGCAAGAAUUAAAGCAUUUUUAUAUAAAAAAUCCUUAAUUUUUUUAUUCUGCACUUUCUAUAAUAUAUUUUUAAAAAUUGCAGUUUUUCCAGUUGUAUGCCCAGAAAUGUGGACCAAAAAUGUAGAUGAACGAUACAUAUUAAUUGGAAUGGUUCAAAUAGCUGAUUGUGUUAGUAGAAUUUUCCCAACAUUUUCAGAAACCAUCCCGAUUUUUAAAUUUACACUUUUACCACAAAAAAAAGUAUUGUUAUAUUCUCUUUUAAGAACCAUCUUGUCUAUAUUAUGCUUAAUUAUACCAAUAGCAAAUAUUGCCUUACUCCAGAAUUUCGUUUUUAAAUGUUUACUAAUUUUUUCAAAUAUCUAUUUAAAUGGUUGGUUUGUUACCUUAUCCUUUAUUAACAUUUCGGAUGUUCUAAAACCGUAUAACUCUAUGAGUAACGUUGCUAUUGUUAGCAGUUUUGGAUCUACAUUACUCCGAGUGGGCUUACUAACAGGCUACGCCACUUCCACCAUUUAUAAAUAUGUUGUUACAAGGCUUUAA